AUGCCCAUCGACUAUAUUCUGAGUCUAGUGCUUGACGGGCCGGAAAACACCGCUGGCUGGAACCUUAUCAAGAAGUAUGGCCCCCCGUUAGCCGUCGCUGGUGCGGCUAAAUGGUACUUUGGCGGUACUCCCAAUACUUUUGACCGCGACGUCAACGGCAAAGUAUACCUCAUUACCGGGGGUACGCUGGGUUUGGGGGCCCAAAUCGCCUACGAACUCGCCGUAAAGGGAGCCCAAAUCGUGUUUCUUGUGCGGCUGCUAACGGAUCUGUGGACGGUAGAGUUCAUCGACGAUCUCCGCCAGCGAGCGAACAAUUUCAUGAUUUACGCCGAAGAAUGCGACCUUGCCGACCUCCACAGCGUCCGGUUGUUUGCUACCAAAUGGUUAGACAAUCAGCCGCCGCGGAGACUCGACGGAGUGGUGUGCUGCGCUGCUGAAUGUAUCCCCUACGGUAGUGACCGUCAAAGCACUGCUAACGGCAUUGAACGUCAAUUAGGGGUGAAUUAUGUGGGCCACUACCACUUGCUUACCCUUUUAGCCCCCGCUCUUAGGGUACAACCGCCUGAUCGUGAUGUCCGUAUUGUCCUCGCUACUUGUGCCACUCACCUGAUUGGUAGUGUAGUGCUUGACGAUUUAUGGUACCAGAAACGCCCCUACCCAAAACGACUGCCGUGGCAAGUAUACGGCACCUCCAAACUCUACCUUGGUCUCUUUGCUCAGGAAUUUCAGAGGCAAUUGGACAACUAUGAACGCAAAGAUAAGACUCCGUGCAACGUGCGGAUCAACAUGGCCAACCCGGGGAUCAUGCGCAGUGCGCUGACGCGACGGUUCAUCAGUGUCGGCACCAUCUGGGGGCUUUUCCUCUACCUUUUGCUCUACCCGAUUUGGUGGUUCUUCUUUAAACUGGCGUCUCAGGGCGCUCAGCUGUUUAUGUUUGCCCUCUGGGCUCCGUUCCUCCGGCAAAUACCAGGGGGACAAUUGAUUCAGGAGUGUAAAGUGGUCACCGAGAAGCGCAGCGAAUACGACAACGAAAACCUACAAAAGAAGCUAUUUGACCUUACCGCCAAACAUAUCGAGGAGUUGGAAAAGGCCGCCGCCGUCGAAAGAAACCGCGCUAACAAAAACGGGAAAAAGAAACCCCAGACUGAUCUUGCCCAGAAGCCAGCUUCGGAGGCGGAACUCAUGGACAAAAUCGACCAGAUCCGGGCUCUGUUGAACAUGGGAGCCACUCAAUCCAAGACUACUAAAGAUGACCCGCUACCGUUAUUCCCUCUGGACGCCGAGCUUGUGGAAGCAGUGGGGGGUAAAGGCACCCCGCGCAAGCGCAAAUGA